AUGGAUCAGACCCCGGUCGCCUCGACGUCAGCCUCGGCCUCGACUUCGCCGGCGCCGUUCGCGACGGGAUCUGCAGCCCUGGAGGCGACGCAUCAGCCUUCACAAGCAGUCCAGUCUGAAGCUCCGACCCCUUCUUUCAGUGGCGCUCAGAAGAAGACAAGCACUGGGACGAAGCGCCGCAAGCUGCCAUCGUGCGAUUCAUGCCGACUUCGUCGAGUGCUCUGCGUACCCGUGCCCCCUCCGGGUAGCUGCAGUCGAUGCUUGGAAAAGGGAAUCAUGUAUGUAGAACUUCAUUUUGACUGGGCUCGGUACCUUCCGGCUGGAUCAGCCUAGACCCGCAGCGUUCCUGUAUCUGAUCUCGAGCUUGAUCGGCCCCACUACUGUAGCUGCACAAGUACUCCGGUUAUCAGGAAGAAGCCCGUGGGAAGGACGGGCAGGCGCAUUGAGGAGGCACGGUCAGCUACAUUUCGCCUAUCAUAAUCGUGCGCACAAAUGCUCUGGACUGACUCAUUCUUUUCGAUUCUGGAUCAGAGCAAUGUUUGGCGCCACCGAGGCUGGAAUUCCGAACUCGGCCCCAGCUGAGUAUCAACCCUGGCUAGGCUCAUCAACGUCUACCAUGGCCGAGAACUUUACCCCGAUUCCCAGCGUCAUGCGAGCAUCCUCAUCGCUGCCGACAGUUUCAGCCAACGAUCUGGAUUCUCGCCUCGGCCUGACCCAACUAUCAGGCGAACUCGUCGCCCAUCUACUAGGCCUAUACCAAGCCCUUCCCCAAUCCUGGUUGCCCCUACUUCCUCGGGCACGAAUCACGACAAUGUUCGAAGCGUCGGGGAGACGCCUCUCAAGCUUACCUCCCCAAGCUGAGGUGCUCGCUUACACAAUCAUGGCCCUCACCUCACGAUUGUCUUCGCAUCCGUACAUCCUCGGCGACGGACCGCCGGCGCCAGCGUUCGAGUCACUCACAUCGCAGAGCCUCAAGGAACGACCGGACCUGCAAGCCUUCGGUGCCCGGCGUGAUGCGGUGUGCGAAAAGAUGCGCGCCAAGGCGGUGCAGUUGGCAUGGGAACGAGGCACGUUGGUCGAGGCCUCGGAGGAGACGAUGGCGAGCUGCCACUUGCUCGACAUCCUCGAGUCUCGCACCAACACCAAGAAGGGAGUGCCAUAUGUCAGUGCCUUUGUGACGCACCUGCGGACGUUGCUUGACGAGCGAGACACGACCGGUGGAAUGGGCAAGAUCAUUCAUCAACCACUUGGGUGGGCGGCGCUAAUGGUCAGUCAAGUGCAUUGGACCUUUCAACGCGAGCAAAGCCUCGCCAGCUGAUCUUCCUCUGAGUUUUCCAGAUGCGAGAGGCUUUAGCGGCGCUUAGAACAGGCGGGCGCUCGCACUUGUAGGUUAAUACUCGUGUAUGCGCAUAUAUCUUGCUUGGCGACCAACUUACUGGACUCUUCGAAUCAUCUGCCUGUCCAGCAACGGCAUGGACGAUGAAAUCCUCGUCGGACCCGUGCCUCCGUCGAUCGAGGAAGCAUUGCUUCAAACUGUUGACGACAUCGAUGUCCGAGACUCGGUAUCGCUCUUCUUCCGGCCCAUGCGACCUUACAUGUACCAUGUCGCACGUCUUGCUCGCGAGUGCACGGACCGCGUGACGGGAAGUAAGUCGAUCACUCGUCUUUGAAACUUUGCUCGUGCAAAAGUUUGGGAGUGCAAUGAGCUGAUCUUGCCUAUUCUAUCCGCUGAUGUAGCCUGGGUACGUAAUCGACCAUUCGACGAGGCCUUCGUCUCGAAGUAUCUGGCGCAACUCGACUCACUCGAACGGCUGCUGCUAUUGCUGUCGGAACGAAUCGCAUUCAGCCUCUCACCGGCCGCAACAAGCGCGCAUGCUUUGCCCGCUCCUUUUGAGACCGAGCGCCGGUACAUCAUGACUUCUUGCAUCCACACCCUACGGCUCGCUUGGGCAAGCCUCAUCCUCCCGCUCUGCACCGACCUCAAGAGACGCCUUUCGAUGAUGGAGGUCGGCACGAUGUCCCCCGAGCAACGGCGUACUAGAGAUCGUCUCCUGCUGCUGCGGAGGCACGCCCAGCAAGGGCUCGUCAAGGGAGCGAGAAUGAUUGCUGCCUGUUUGGACUCGCCGCCGAGUUUGGGCUACUUGACCCAUGUUCAACAGGAACGGAUCGACAACUGGGCCGACGUGCUGCUCGACUCGACCCGCGACGACGACGACGACGUGAUCAGCCAAGAGGAGCAGUUCUCGGAUUUGCAAACAGUCAGUCUCCACAACUCGUUGCCGGAAAAGCUAAAGCUUGGUCGAGGUGCUCACUGAGGUCUUUCGUGCAGAUUCUCGCCGGUCUCAAGAUGAUUGGCUGGUCAUGGCCCGACAAUGCUCAGCUCAUCGGAUCACUCGAAGAGCGUCUAAAUUCGAUGGAGAUUGGUGAUUCUGGAAGGGCGCGAGCAGCAGCGAUCACGUCGAUCUCGACUCCUCAAGCAAGUGAAGUAGGAACCGCCGCCCAAGCGGGUGGGGACGACCUCUGCACUUUCUCGCAAUAUCUCGCGACGCCUUCCCCUCCACAAGCCAGCACAGGUUUUUCAUCAGCCACAUCAGCCACUCCGACGUGCAGUUUCUCUGCUUCGCCUGCAUCGAUGGAAUAUGGCCCAAUCGCCAACAUGGCUGGGUCUCGACCCGAUCAGAGGAUGGUCCAGCCCCUCCUCCCGCAGUCAACGGGAGGAGGUUCGGACCCGAGCUGGAGCUUGUUCGGCGACGAGUUCAACCAGAUGCUUGACGAUGGGACGGGCAUGAAUCCGUUUUUGCCUAGAUGGAGCUGA